AUCGUCUUUUGAUCAAAGGUGGUAAAAUCGUUAAUGAUGACCAGUCCUUUUAUGCAGACAUCUACAUGGAGGAUGGGUUGAUAAAGCAAAUAGGGGAGAAUCUGAUUGUGCCAGGGGGAGUGAAGACUAUUGAAGCCCAUGGCAGGAUGGUGAUUCCUGGAGGGAUCGACGUUCACACUCGUUUCCAGAUGCCAGAGCAGGGCAUGACAUCUGCUGAUGACUUCUUCCAGGGGACCAAGGCUGCCCUGGCUGGGGGCACCACCAUGAUCAUUGAUCAUGUGGUUCCUGAGCCAGGGACCAGUUUGCUGACUGCAUUUGACCAGUGGCGAGAAUGGGCAGACAGCAAAUCCUGCUGUGACUACUCCCUGCACGUGGAUAUCACCGAGUGGCACAAAGGGGUCCAGGAGGAGAUGGAAGCUCUGGUUAAAGAUCAUGGUGUGAACUCCUUCCUGGUAUACAUGGCCUUCAAAGAUCGCUUCCAGCUGAGUGAUUCUCAGAUCUACGAGGUCCUGAGCGUGAUCCGGGACAUUGGUGCCACGGCCCAAGUGCACGCUGAGAACGGUGACAUCAUUGCUGAGGAGCAGCAGAGGAUCCUGGAGCUGGGGAUCACAGGCCCUGAAGGGCAUGUGUUGAGCAGACCUGAAGAGGUGGAGGCAGAGGCUGUGAACAGGGCAAUAACCAUUGCCAACCAGACCAACUGUCCCCUUUAUAUCACCAAGGUGAUGAGCAAAAGUGCCGCCGAUGUCAUUGCUCAAGCCAGGAAAAAGGGCACUGUGGUGUAUGGAGAGCCCAUCACAGCCAGCUUGGGUACUGAUGGAUCCCAUUACUGGAGCAAGAACUGGGCAAAGGCAGCAGCUUUUGUUACCUCCCCACCACUGAGUCCUGACCCAACCACUCCUGAUUUUCUCAACUCACUACUGUCCUGUGGAGACCUCCAAGUGACUGGCAGUGCCCACUGCACCUUCAACACUGCUCAGAAAGCUGUUGGGAAGGACAACUUCACCCUGAUCCCUGAAGGAACCAACGGGACUGAAGAGAGGAUGUCCAUCAUCUGGGAUAAGGCUGUGGUGACUGGCAAGAUGGAUGAGAACCAGUUUGUGGCUGUGACCAGCACAAAUGCAGCCAAGAUCUUCAACCUGUACCCGCGGAAGGGUCGCAUCGCCGUGGGCUCCGACGCUGACCUGGUCAUCUGGGACCCUGACACUGUCAAGACGAUCUCUGCCAAGACCCACAACAUAUCUCUGGAGUACAACAUCUUCGAGGGCAUGGAGUGCCGUGGCUCUCCCCUGGUGGUGAUCAGCCAGGGGAAGAUUGUCCUGGAGGAUGGGAAUCUCCACGUCACCGAAGGCUCCGGGAGGUAUAUCCCCAGGAAACCAUUCCCUGACUUCGUUUACAAGCGCAUCAAGGCCAGGAGCAGGGUGAGUGGCACUGCUUGCUGCACGUGUGUUCCCUCUGACACUGGGAGCUGCACUGG